AUGCCACUUUACAAUGAUGAAGAUUUAAUAAUCAUUGAUCCUGGUUAUGAAAAUGUAACAAAUUUUCGCAAAGAUUACGAUUAUGAUCUAAUUGGGAAAGCUAUUAGUUUACGUGCAUCAUUUCUUCGGAAUCCAGCUGGUUAUUUACACAACCUUAUUGAACAACAUACGAUAGAAUUAUUAUUUACUAGUCUAAUAUGUUUCGGUAUAUUUCUUGGUGUGGUUGUUUUAUUAUUUGUACUAAAAAAGUUUAUUCAUCAUGUGAAAUUGAUAAAGUUACUUGUGAAGGAAUUCAAUAGUGCAAGAUUACAACUAAAAGAGAUUAAAAAAGAAAAUUUGCCAAUGAAUUAUGAUAUCUAUGCAAAAGCAGUAUUUACUGUAUUAAUAAAUUAUUAUCAACUGUUCAAAGGAAAUGAGAAUAGAAUUAUACCUGAAGAUUUAGUUGAAUACGAAAUAAUACGUUUUGUAUUAGAGGCUGCAUGGAAGAAUACUAUAAGUUGUAGACAACUAUACAACAUAGAAUUGUAUAGAUCAACUGAAGAUGAAUCAAUUAAAGGACUACUAGAAGAUGAUUCAAAAAAUGUAAUAGACAAUCUAAAUGAUGUAGUUGAUCAUAAUAUCAAUAGUUCAAGAACAGGUAAAAAAUCUGAUAUUAAUCAUAUACCAGACGAUAAUGUGAAUUUUGUGAUGAAUAAAAUGUAUGAUAAAAGAACAAAUAAGCAAAAUCUAUCAAACAAAUCAGUUGUAAAACCAUGGUAUGAAAACAAAAAUCAAAUAGUUAUGAAAAACAUCAUAAAUCCCAAUGAUAUAGAUAGCAAUAUAAAAUUAGAAAAUCUAAAUAAUCGUAGGCAUAAUAAGGGAAUCAAUAUUUCUCCUUAUGAAUAUACAAGUAAUGCUCAAUAUUUGGAGUAA